GAGUCGGACGGCCUGAGCGGGCGGCGGGGCGCGGGGGUGGGGCGGAGAGCCCUGGGACGCGACAGCCGAGGGCGCAGCCACAGCCUCAGCCGCCUCCGAGCGGUAGGAGGGAGCAGCCAGCCGCGGCGCCCUGGCGGGCCACUUUCCCGAGACCCUGCUCUUCUCGCCAGGCGGGGAUCUUCCUCCGCGCCCUCCGGGUACCCCCGGUCCAAACCUCUCGCAACGACAUGGAAGAAUUUUUGCAACGCGCCAAGUCUAAACUGAAUCGAAGCAAACGCUUGGAGAGGGUCCAUGUGGUUAUUGGACACAAAUCGUGUGACCUGGAUUCUCUCAUUUCUGCCUUCUCGUAUGCUUACUUUCUGGACAAGGUCAGUCCACCUGGGGUGCUCUGUCUGCCCGUGCUGAACAUACCAAGAACCGAAUUCAACUACUUCACCGAGACAAGGUUUAUUUUAGAAGAGCUGAAUAUCUCUGAAUCGUUCCAUAUCUUCCGAGAUGAAAUUAAUCUGCAUCAGCUAAAUGAUGAAGGGAAGUUAUCUAUAACGCUUGUUGGCAGCAACGUGCUGGCGAGUGAGGACAAAACUUUAGAAUCAGCAGUUGUCAAAGUCAUUAAUCCGAUCGAGCAGAGCGAUGGCGGGCUUGAGUUCCGAGAGUCUUCCUCCUCCCUCGUGGUGAAAGAGAUACUCCAGGAGGCUCCUGAGCUCAUCACCGAGCAGCUGGCUCAUCUCCUCAGAGGUAGCAUCCUUUUCAAGUGGAUGACCAUGGAAACCGAGAAGAUCUCGGAGAAGCAGGAGGAAAUUCUUUCUAUCCUGGAAGAAAAAUUUCCUAGCUUGCCUCCAAGAGAGGACAUCAUCAACGUCCUGCAGGAGACCCAAUUCAGUGCUCAGGGUUUAAGUAUUGAACAGACAAUGCUAAAGGAUCUAAAGAAACUGUCAGAUGGAGAAAUCAAAGUGGCCAUUAGUACCAUGAACGUGACCCUCCAGGACUGUAUGUUUCACAGCAAUAUCUCCAGUGAUUUGAAAACAUUUACAGACAAGUUCGGUUUUGAUGUCCUCAUCCUCUUGGCCAGCUACGUGUCAGAGGAGCAGCAGCCGAGACGGCAGAUUGCUGUGUACUCGGAGAACCCAGAGCUGUGCAGUCAGAUUUGCUGUGAACUGGAAGAGUGCCAGAACCCUUGCCUAGAGCUGGAGCCGUUUGAAUGUGGCUGUGACGAGAUCCUGGUGUACCAGCUGGAGAACCCUUCGGUAACAUGUGAUCAGGUAGUUCUCCUUGUCAAGGAAGUCAUCAAUAGGAGACAUCCAGAGAUGGUCUCCAAUAGCCGGACGUCCUCAACAGAAGCCGUGGCAGGCAGCGCCCCGCUCUCCCAGGGAUCUUCCGGGAUUAUGGAGUUGUAUGGUUCUGACGUAGAGCCACAGCCCAGUUCCGUGAAUUUCAUAGAAAACCCUCCGGAUCUCAACGAUUCUAACCAGGCCCAGGUGGAUGUCAACGUAGACCUUGUUAGCCCAGAUAGCGGGUUAGCCACCAUUAGGAGCAGCCGUUCAUCCAAGGAGAGCUCGGUUUUCCUCAGUGAUGACAGUCCAGUGGGAGAAGGUGCUGGGCCUCACCACAGCCUCCUCCCAGGGUUUGACUCCUAUAGUCCCAUCCCUGAAGGGGCGGUAGUGGAGGAGCAUGCACGGUCUGGAGAACAAGGUGAACACUUUGACCUCUUCAACUUUGAUGCAGCACCCAUGGUUUCUGGGCAGUCCCAACCAUCUUCCCAUUCUGCGGACUAUUCCCCAGCAGAUGACUUCUUUCCCAACAGUGAUUCAUCAGAAGGACAGCUCCCCACAGGGCCUAAAGGUCUCGAUGGGUUAGGGGUGGACAUAUCUAAUUAUUCAUCCAGCUCACUUUUGUCGGUGGCUGGCAAAGAUAGCCUCGUGGAAUUUGAUGAGGAGUUUGUCCAGAGACAAGAAAGUCCUGAGGAUAACUCUGAAAGAAACUUGAGCCUGACAGGUUUUGUGGGAGAUGACUCUCCUUCACCAGAAAGGCUGAAAAAUAUUGGAAAGAGGGCCCCAGCAACACCUAUGAAUAGCUUUGUAGAAAGCUCACCAUCCACAGAAGAACCAACUCUACUCUAUCCAGAAGAUAUGAGCCAAAAAGCAGUUGACGUAGGUCACACAGAGCCACCUCAGACCCGUCCACGGUGCAGCAGCUGGUGGGGUGGUUUGGAAAUUGACUCUAAAAACGUUGCAGAUGCAUGGAGUUCCAGUGAGCAGGAAUCUGUCUUCCAGAGCCCCGAAUCAUGGAAAGAUCAUAAGCCGAGCCCAGUUGAUAGGAGAGCCUCAGAUUCUAUAUUUCAACCAAAGAGUCUCGAAUUUCCAAAGUCAGGUCCCUGGGAGUCAGAAUUUGUUCAGCCUGGGCUGGGCAGCAAUAAUAUUCAAGACCAAAGUGAGGAAAGCUUGAAGUUUCAAAACCUGCCCACUGAGCAAUCCCAUUUGCCAAACACGUCUCCUCAGGGAACAAACCACCUGAUAGAAGACUUCACUGCUUUGUGGCGUUCUGAUCGCUCUCCCACAGCGAUGCCCGAGCCUUGGGGAAAUCCCACGGAUGAUGGCAAACCAGCUGCUGCAGCAGCAUUCCCAACCUGGAGUGCAUUUGGUGAAGAAGACGAUGCCAAAGCUUUGAAAAAUACCUGGAAUCUGCACCCAGCGACUGGUGAGACACCUUCUGUGAGGGACCCAAAUGAGUGGGCCAUGGCAAAGAGUGGGUUUUCUUUUCCUUCAGAAGACCUAGUGGACAAUUCAUCCAAUGAGGCAAAUAAUAUAGCAACUUCAGAGAUCUGGGGCAACAAGAACCCUGACUCCAGAGAUAAUAUUCUUAUAUCUGGAAAUCCUGGAUCUGAUCUGGAUAAUGCAUGGAAUAGUUCUAAGCCAUCAAUGGAAGAUCAGAAUGGUUUAGUGAAUCCAAAAAUUAGGGGAAAUGUACAUGAAAAGGUAGAUUCCUGGAACCUUUUUGAGGACAGUGUCAAGAAAGGAGGGUCAGACAUCGUAGCUCCUUGGGAAGAUUCCUUCUUAUCAUAUAAAUGUUCCGAUUACAGUACAUCCAACAUUGGGGAAGAUUCGGUGCCUUCCCCCUUAGAUACCAAUUACUCCACCUCUGACUCUUACACAUCACCAACAUUUGCUGGAGACGAAAAAGAAGCCGAAAACAAGCCAUAUGCUAAAGAGGGAGGUUUUGAGUCAAAAGAUGCUAAGGCUACUGCAGGGGAGACUGAAAUGCCUCUGCAAUCACCACAGCAGCCACCUAGAGAUCGAGUUAGUUCAGGUCCUGGGAACCUGGAAAUGUGGGCUUCAUCUCAUGCAGAUAAUAGUUCUGAAAUAAAUGCCACUCACAGCCCAGAUAAAGAUUUACUCAACACAGAGCCCACAGAUGAGAAGAACAUCUCCAUGGAGGAUGACAUUGGGGAAAGCAGCCAGUCCAGUUACGACGACCCCAGCAUGAUGCGAUUGUACAAUGAAACAAACCGACAGCUCACACUUUUGCACAGUAGCACCAACUCCCGGCAGGCGGCCCCUGACAAUGUCGACCUGUGGAACAGAGUGAUUCUGGAGGACACUCAGUCCACUGCAACCAUCUCUGAUAUGGAUAAUGAUUUUGACUGGGAUGACUGCAGUGCAGGUGUGGCAAUCCCUGGUGAAGGUCAAGCACAAGGAUAUGUGGCUGAAAUUAUUGAACCCGAAACCCGAUUUUCAGUGAGACAGCUAGAACCAUGGGGUGUAGAAUAUCAGGAAGUAAAUCAGAUAGAUUGGGAAGUCCCUGCCUCUUCUGAGCCCAGCAAGGACACCGCUCCUAACGAAUAUGACAUACUCAACGAGAAAAGUGGACAGCUAAUUGCGAAGAGUAUUUGGGAUUCCGUCAUGAGAGAUAACAACAUGUCAUCGUUAAUAUUACCAGGCCCAUCGUAUAUUACAGAUUCAGAACAAAGCAAAUCACCUCCUGAAACUCCCAGCUCACCAGAAAAAGUUAAGGACAGUCACAUCCCAGAUGUGCUAGAAGGAUCUGGAGCCAGUGAGUCAGGAGCUCUUACGCCAGAUCCUGACAGGCAGGACACAUGCAGAGGAACCCUGCCCAGUGAUACAGCAGCCUUGGCAACCAGGCAUGAGAAUCCAGGGCAUUUGGCACACUCAGACCCAUGGAGAGGUCCAAGCUGUGAACAAAGUGAGAGUGAGAAGGAAGCCCACAGAGCGGCCGAUAAGGAGCACCCUGGCGAGGAGGAGGAGACGGAUAGAGCCUCGGGGAUUUCUGGAAAAGGGCAAGGAGACCAGGAAGGCUCUUCCCCAGUUGCAUCUGAACAUGAAGAAAUCUUUGAGGAAUCAGGCAAAAUGAGUUCUCUUUCAGUCACUUCCAGUCCUCAGACCGAGGAACCCCAAGAAGUUUUAGAGCAUGAGAAGGGGUCUUACAGUCCAGACCCCUGUGAUGUGCAACCAGAGAUGUCCACAAGUCACCUCCAGGCAAGAGAGACCUGCGAAGAGCGCCUCACGGAUCACAGAAAUUCAGGUGAAACUACUGAAAUUUCAGGCAGGCUGAAUUUAACAAAAAGUGUAUCUUUACCUGAAAUGGAUCCUGAGAAAACUAAAGAAGGCAACAUUCUGGAGCCAGAGAGAGUGAACCGAGAGCAACCUCAUGAAUGUCCCCAAAGCCUUGACGUUUGGAAUGGCCCUAUAGACAAUGAUGUGCAGGUCAACUGCACAAAUUCUGAGAUAACUAAGAAUCUUGAAGUUAAGAGUACUGAACACAGCCCUUCAGGAGGCGCUUCAUCAGGAAAUUAUGACGGAGAUAGUAUUUCUAGUGAGUAUACACAUUCCACUGCAUCGAGUCCUGACCUAAAUGAUUCUUCAGCUCCAUUGCCUUCCUGGGACCAUGGACCCAGUACUGGACAUCAGAAGGAAAAUCAAGAUGGUUGGAGUAAACAGAAUCACCAAGAAUCUGAACUGAUUACUACUGAUGACCAAGUAGAAGUAAUUACUGAAAUGAAGGACCUGGAGGAAAACAGAAUGGGCAGCUUUGAAAAGAGCUUAGAUCACAAGGUUCCUAAAUUUUUAGAGAUUUGGAAUGACUCAGUAGAUGGUGAUUCCUUUUCCUCUUUAUCCAGCCCUGAAACAGGCAAAUAUUCUGAAUAUUCAGGUGCCUAUCAGGAAAAAAAUCUAGUGAUUAGCCAUCAGGAGAAAAAUGAACAUGACAUUGCUGAAACUGCGCAGCUGGAGGAUGCCAAGUUCCUUUCGACGAGCUCAGGCUCUGAGGAUGAUACUGCAGGUGAUGAAGAGUCCAUGGGGAAAGAGACCCAUUUGGCCACUUGCCAAGUUGCUGAGCGUGAACCGGGAGCUUGGGAUUCAUUGAACAAAUCUAAUAAGUUCUUGGCCACAGCAGAUCCCAAGUCUGAGGAAUUUUCUGCCUAUGUCGGCAGUUCAGAACCAGCAGAGAAUGAAAAUGAGUCAGACCCACUCCGUGACAAUCAACAAAGCAGUCCUGAUCGCUGGAAUUUCUCGCCACUAAAGGGCACUGAAAUACAGAUUACAGCUGUAGAUAAGGAGACAAAAUCUUCUCCAGAAACAGGGAAGACAGAAGAUAUUGUAUGGCAAAUAUCUCCCAAAACUGAAGCAAAGAAUGAAAAUUUUUCUAAAUUGGAAAUUGUUGGCUUCCCAGCUGACAGCACCGAGUGGUGGAAUGCCUCUUUACAGGAAGGGCGACCUAUUGAAAGUGCAUUUGAAGGGGAAUUCUCUAACUCAGGUGGUGUGGUAGAGACGAAUUCUUCAGUAUACCAAAACGUGGGUCCCUGGGGAGUACCCAUUCAGAGUGAUACUGAAUCUGUGGAAACGCAUUGUACUAAUACUUUCAGUGAUAGACAUCAGUCUCCCUUCCUGGAUAGUAAUAGGGAGAAUUCUCACGAGCAACUUUGGAACAUUCAACCGAGGCAGCCUGACCCAGAAGCCAAUCAGCUUAGCCAGCUUGUAAUACUGGACCAAAUUAAAGAAAAGGAUUCCAGAGAGGAAACCUUCAUGUCUUCUGCUGGUGUCAAACUCACUUCUGAAACACCUACCCAAGAGCAGUGUCAGAAUAUAGUGCUAUCCGUCUGGGAUCAGCCAGACCCAACAUUUGCUCACACAGAUGAAAAUGGAAGUGUUAUGUCUAAUGCUUCAACUAUUGAAUGUCAAGAUACAAGUUGGUGGGAAAAGGAAAAAUCACACCCCAGUGAAAUGACAGAUUCAAGCAUUGCCUCAGACGAUUUCCCUGCCGUCAGUUCCUCCCCUCAGUUGAUAAAGAAGUCAAGCUCUGAAUGGGAUGGCUCUACCCCGACUGAGGGCCCUCAAGGCGACUUUGUUCCAGAUAUUUUACAUGGCAACUUCCAAGAGGGUGGGCAACUGGCCUCAGCUUCGCCUGACUUGUGGAUGGAUACUAAGCAGCCCUUCAGUUUGAAAGCAGAUGGUGAGAAUCCUGAUAUACUGACUCACUGUGACCACGACAGCAACUCUCAAGCUUCCAACAGCCCCGAUAUAUGUCUAGAUUAUGAAGCAAAGCAAGAGACUGAGCAGCACAUUAGUGCUGGGAUAGGACCUGAAGGGGAAGCCAGUGAGGUGUAUCUCACCGAGACAAAGAUGCAUGAAGAGCCCCGUCAGGAGCCUGGGCAGGAAUUUGUCCCCUACAAUUCUGAAAGUACAAUUCCACUGCCUCCGAUCAGUGAUCAAGCAAACACAAGUGACUCAGCUCAGCCUACCUCUCACAAAGGUUCUCCCGAACCUUCUGAAAUAAAUAGUGAAAACAACACAAGUUUAAAAGCAUCAGAAAAAGGAGCCAACCCAGACAUAGCACCAACUUUGCAACCUGUUGACAGAACAAUCCCAAUGAUUGAAAACGUGGGAACCAGUAUAUUUGUAACUCAGCAAGACCCAACUAUGGAUGACAACAGCUCUUGUGUAUCAGAGGACUUUUCUGCCGGAAGUCAGACAGACGCAGGAGCCUUCUUAGACCAUGAGCAACCUUUUGCUACUGAGAAUCCUGCCACAGUUCCUGAUGCUUUGCUAGCCUCAGACACUUGUCUGGAUGUAAGUGAAGCUGCCUUUGACCACAGCUGCAGCGAUGCUUCAGGUCUCAACACAUCCACGGGAACAAUAGAUGACAUGAGUAAAUUGACAUUAUCAGAAGGCAAUCCCGAAACGCCAGUUGAUGGGGAUGCAGGGAAGCAAGAUAUCUGUUCAUCUGAAGCCUCAUGGGGUGAUUUUGAAUAUGAUGUCAUGGGCCAAAAUAUUGAUGAAGAUAUAAUGAAAGAGCCUGAACACUUUCUCUAUGGUGGUGACCCACCCUUGGAAGAGGAUGCUCUGAAGCAAUCGCUGGCACCUUACACACCUCCCUUUGAUUUGACCUAUCUCACAGAACCUACUCUUGAUGUUGAAACAACAGCGGAAGCUGGGGCUCCAGGGGAUGAGUCUCUGGGGAGCGAAGCAGUGGAGGUAUUACUUUCUGCCCUUCCUGAUGGAAGAAGCGAAGAAAACCACACUGAGACCAAAAACAGACAGCCCGGACGCCAGAUGGUUGUACUGCACAUUCAUGAAGACCCUGAGUCUGUUUCUUUGCCUGUAGAAGUCAACUCCAACAUUGAGUUGUCUCCAACAAACAUUGACUGGGAAGUAGAAACAGAUCAUUCGGAUUCACCAGCAGGUGGAGACAUAGGAACACCAAUUGGUGCCAGAGAGGGAAUAUUAGAGUUGGAAGAAGAAAAAAUAAUUCCUACCAAGGAGCCUGAACAGAUAAAACCAGAAGACAGGGAAGAAACUUACACCGAGAAGAAUGAAGAUCAUCAUGCACUACACAUGGAUUACAUACUUGUAAACCAUGAAGAAAAUUCACUCCCAAAGCCAGAAGCCUGUGAAGCAAGAGAAAGCACAUCUGAAUUAGAAGAAUUUCACAUGGGUUCUGAAGAAACAGAAGCAGGGCUGCCAGGAACUGAGUUAGUAAGCUUCUCAGACACAUGUCAGCCUGCCUCCUUAAAUGAAAGAAAAGAUCACUUUGCAGAGAGAAUGUCUUCCAAAGAUGAUAAGAGAUCAUCUCUUGAAAGCCAUGGGCAAGACCAGAGUUGGAUGGUCUUGGGCCACAGUGAAGGUGGGGCUCCAUCAUUGGAAGCCAAGGACUCAGGGCCUGGAUCAUCUGGAAAGGCUCUGGAGCCAGCCUCUGAUCACGACUUGGGCAAAGUUCCCCAAAUGCAAGUUCUGGGAGAAAUGAAGCCUCUAGAAUCUUUAGCACGGGAGGAAGCCUCUGGUCUGGGCAGCCAAUCACAGAGGAGCAAGAGCCAAGGCAGGGCUGGCCCAGAUACAGCUAUGUUGCAGGCUGUCACCCAUGACAAUGAAUGGGAAAUGCUUUCGCCACAGCCUUCUCAGAAAAACGUGAUCCCUGAAAUGGAAAUGGAGGAGGAGACGGAGUUUCUUGAGUCCAGAAUGAGGAAACCAAGAGCAAACGGACUCCUGUCAGAGGAUGUAGGAAUGGACAUCCCCAUUGAGGAGGGAAUGCUGAGUCCCGGUGCUGCAGACAUGAGGCCCGAACCUCCUAAUUCUCUGGAUCUUAAUGGCGCUCAUCCUCAGAGAAUCAAGCUCACAGCCCCAAAUAUCAAUCUUUCUCUGGACCAAAGCGAAGGAUCUGUUCUCUCUGAUGAUAACCUGGACAGUCCAGAUGAGAUUGAUAUCAAUGUGGAUGAACUCGAUACCCCUGAUGAAGCAGAUUCUUUUGAGUACACUGGGCAUGAGGAUCCCACAGCCAACAAAGAUUCUGGCCAAGAGUCAGAGUCUAUUCCAGAAUAUACAGCAGAAGAGGAGAGGGAGGACAACCGGUUGUGGAGGACAGUGGUGAUUGGAGAGCAAGAGCAGCGGAUCGACAUGAAGGUCAUCGAGCCCUACAGGAGAGUCAUUUCUCAUGGAGGAGACUCAGGAUACUAUGGGGACGGCCUAAAUGCCAUCAUUGUGUUUGCCGCCUGUUUUCUGCCAGACAGCAGUCGGGCGGAUUACCACUAUGUCAUGGAAAAUCUUUUCCUAUACGUAAUAAGUACUUUAGAGCUGAUGGUUGCUGAAGACUAUAUGAUUGUAUACUUGAAUGGUGCCACCCCAAGACGGAAGAUGCCAGGCCUGGGCUGGAUGAAGAAAUGCUACCAGAUGAUUGACAGACGACUGCGGAAGAAUUUGAAGUCAUUCAUCAUUGUUCACCCAUCUUGGUUCAUCAGAACAAUCCUUGCAGUAACACGACCUUUUAUAAGUUCAAAAUUCAGCAGUAAAAUUAAAUAUGUCAGUAGCUUAUCAGAACUCAGUGGGCUGAUCCCAAUGGAUUGCAUCCAUAUUCCAGAGAGCAUCAUCAAGUACGAUGAAGAGAGAUCUUAUAAGAGGAGUGUGAGACUGGAUGAAGAACUGAGGGAAGCAUCCGAAGCAGCUAAAACUAGCUGCCUUUACAAUGAUCCAGAAAUGUCUUCUAUGGAGAAGGAUAUUGACCUGAAGCUGAAAGAAAAGUCAUAGGUGGCCGUGGCUGGAAGAAGAGGAUGCUUUUCUGCUUCGUGGUUCUGUUGAAACAUGUCUACCUGGAAGAGACAGAGCUGAUGGUCCUUUUUUCCGCUUUGCACUACCUGGUGCCAAUCUAAAUUUCUAAGGGGAAAAUCAGUAAGAGAAUUUGUUUGCUCUUAACAUGUUUUAUGAAAUUGUGUGUAUUUUCCUAUUUUGCCAAUUAUGUGCCUCAAAGAUUUUAGUUGAAACUUAGCAGGAAAGUAGUCCCCUCCCUUUCGAUAUUUUGUUAACCCUUGGUGCAGUGGUAUUUCAUCUCUUAGACUGGUACACACCAAUGAGAUACCUUCAAUCCACUGUUAAUUGGGAGUGGAUUUGUUUCCAUAGAUUAGCUGGAUUUCUCCUUGGUGAUCGUUUUAGGUUUAAAGUACACAGGGCUCAACUCUCCCUGGGAGAGAUGUCCCCAUGUAACUCCACCUUUAAAAUUCUAAGCUUGCUUAACACAGCCGUAAACCAGUAAACCAGACACGUGUGUGAAACCAACAUCAAGUGAGUGCCCACUUGGUCCUUGUCCACGUGAAUCGUCUAACUUCUCAAAGGGAAGUCAGGCUUUGUAAUUCACAUCAGCUUUAUUUUAACUAUCAAAUUGGGCAUCAUGUUUUCAGUGAAUUGGUCUUUUAAAAAAUUGUUUUUCCAAUGAAUGUCGAAGACCUCCACCUUGAGAAACUUGAGGAUCAAUGUUUGCAUUUUUGAUAGCUGUCUGUGCUUCAGGCCGUAAACUUAGGGCAAGAUGUUAUGCUUUACAGGCUAAGGACUCAAGUGUAAGGUGGCGCACUUAGAAAUUCAUUAUUGGGUAACAUUCAGUUAUCUGAAUGGCUCUCUCACAUGUAUUAUAAAAAGGAAUCUGCUUUAAAACAUUCUAAUCUGAUCACAGUUUUAAAUUGAAUGAUUAUAUAUUAUCAUUUACAAAAUAUUCCUUCAUAAUCUUCAUAUCCCUUUAAAAUACCAAUGUGAUUUCGAAUCUGUGGGCUUCUAGCAGUGGGAUCGGCAAACUAUAGCCAAAUCUAGCAUACCACCUGUUUUCCUGUGGCCCGCAAGUUAAGAAUAGUUUCCACACUUUGAGUUGAAAAAAAAAGUUUGAAAAUACUCCAUGACACAUGGAAAUUAUUCAAAUUUCAGUUUCCACAAAUAAAGUUAUAUUGUGUUUUAUUGAAA